GAAAGUAUCUGAAGUCUGAACAUGAAUGAUUGAGAGAGAGAGAGAGAGAGAGAGAGAGGAGUGUGUGUUAAGGGUCGGUGCUUUUUGCAAAGCUUUCUCAGCUUGGCCUCGUCUAUGCUGUAUUGGGCACUUGGAGUUUGGGGGAUUGAAGUUCCGGGGGACAUCUCAUCUGUGCCUUUUGGCAAACACAGUUCUUCUCAUAUGUAGUCUGAGGUUCUUGUUUUAUGAAACAUCAGUAUAUAUAUAUAUAUAUAUAAAUAUAUUGUAUGUAUAUACACCUGAUCCAGAGACAAUAAGACGAGAGAAAUAAAAAAGAUUUUCAGCCCCAUAUUUAUUGAGUGGAAGAAGAAGAAAGGAAGAUGUCUUUUGCCGACAGGAACCCAAAUUCCGGUUACGAUGUUGAGAGAUGACCGCUGUACUUAAUCUCUUGUUCGUAGAUACGAGGAAAGAUCGGAGAACUUAUCCUGAUCUUCGAUCUUCUGCAACACCCACUUGGGAAGGAGAAGUAUAAGAUUAAUUAAGAAUAUGUGGAAUCUCAACGACUCGCCUGACCGGAAGAGUGAGGAGGAUUCUGAAGGUUGCUCUGUGGAUGGAGACGAUGGAAAGGGGAAAAGGGUCGGAUCUGUUUCCAAUGACAAUUCGAGCUCUUCUGCUGUGGUUAUUGAAGAUGGAUCGGAGGAGGAAGAGGAAGUGGACGACGACGACGACGACGACGGUGGAGGAGGAGGAGGAGCUAGGAGGAAGAGGAGAAGUAAGAUCUUCGGCUUCUCUGUGAUGACCCACAACGCCAACAACAACAACUGUUCUUCAGAGAGUGAACCGGUCGUGACCCGGCAGUUUUUCCCGAUGGAGGAGCCCGAAAUGGGGACGAUCCAAGGUGGUCUUCCUGCUCCUUUCCCAAGGGCUCACUGGGUUGGCGUCAAAUUCUGCCAGUCGGAGCCCCUAGCUACCUCUGCUAAGGCCGCCGAUGUUUCGCAGCCAAUGAAGAAGAGUCGCCGGGGUCCAAGGUCUCGAAGCUCUCAGUAUCGUGGUGUCACCUUUUACAGGAGAACCGGCCGUUGGGAGUCUCAUAUCUGGGAUUGUGGAAAGCAAGUUUAUCUGGGUGGAUUUGACACUGCACAGACAGCUGCUCGUGCCUAUGACAGAGCAGCUAUCAAGUUUCGGGGAAUCGAAGCAGAUACAAAUUUCAGUAUUGGAGAUUAUGAGGAAGAUAUGAAACAGAUGAGCAAUUUAACAAAGGAGGAAUUCGUACAUGUUCUUCGACGCCAAAGCACUGGAUUUCCGAGGGGAAGUUCUAAAUUCAGAGGCGUUACCUUGCACAAAUGUGGAAGAUGGGAAGCUCGUAUGGGCCAGUUAUUGGGGAAAAAGUAUGUGUACUUGGGUCUGUUUGACACUGAGAUUGAAGCGGCCAGGGCUUACGAUAAAGCUGCAAUCAAGUCCAAUGGGAAGGAAGCAGUGACGAACUUCGAUCCCAGCAUUUACAAUGAGGAGCUCAAUUUGACCGGCAAUGGUGCUGGGCACAACCUGGAUUUGAGUCUGGGCAGUUCUUCUUCUACCUCCAAAAGGGUAGCUCGUGAAUCGGGGGAUGACAACCGAUCAAGUGCCACCAUGGAUUAUCGGCCCUCCUCUUCGCCAAUGCCGUUUGAAGCAGACUGGGGAACCAGCAACAGGAAAGGCUUUAAAGCCCAGUUGAGUGACACAUUCAAGCUGCUUCCGGAUGAGCAGUCUACGAGUCACAGAAGAGACAGGAGCGAUGAGAGCGAGGCUCUACGGUUACUGCGCCACACCCACAUCCAAUCCCCUAUUUCUUCUUCUUCACUCAAGGUCCAUGGGAUGCAGAGAUAUGGACCAUUAAGCAGCAGCGGAGAAGCUCCAAUGGUUCACACACAGCAACAACAACAACUACUACUCUACCGUCCUCCAAAUUAUCAAUUUGAGUUUCAAAGUAGUAACGAAGGAGGAGGAGGAGGAGCAGGAGGCCUGUCUUUAGCGACAGGAGGAGACACACAACAGCGGCAAUCGGGGUGGAGCAACAGAGGGAGCAGUAGUAGUAGUAGUAGUGGUAAUGGUGGCUGGGCAGCUUCUGCUGUCGCUGCCGCUGCUGCUGCUGCUGCUGGAUCACCCCAACUGUUCACGACCCCUGCAGCAUCAUCAGGAUUCCCAUCAUCGCCGAUAAUAAAACCCCCAAGCUGGCUGCAGAAGAAUGGGUUCCACCCUCUCAUGAGACCCACCUGACAUUUCCCCAAUUUUGUUUUUCCAACUCUUUCUGCAAUGCCAUUUCUGAUCAAUUCUCUCUUUCCAUCUUUUCAUAUUUUCAUCUUUCAGUUCAGUCACAAAUUUGUUACUUCGUUCCCCCUGCUAUACGCCUGGGAGCCUCAAACCUUCAGUUCAGUCACAAAUUUGUUACUUCGUUCCCCCUGCUAUACGCCUGGGAGCCUCAAACCCAGUUAACCCAGGUCGCUGAAGAGAUUAAAAUUUGCAGAAAGCCAAUAGCCAACUAGGAUUGUGCAAGUAAAAACUGAAAAAAGUAUGUUUCUGGUUCACAUCUCUGAACUCUUCUCGUUGUUAGAGCUGUUGGGUCAUCGGUCAAACCAAAAAAAAAAAAAAAGGAAAAUUUCCUGACGCAAGUGCUGAUCUCAUUGAUUUGCUUUGCUCCCCCACUUCCCCCUCAAAAGCUUCCCUUUUUUUUUUUAAUUCUAAUUUCUAUAUUUAUAUAGUUCAGCAUUAUUAUAUUGAUAUAGUUAAAUUAGGCUAUCUUUUGUUGUUCUGGAUUGGCCAUUAGUGGCCGAAGCAGACCAUGUGUUCUGGGCCCUCAAAUUUUUGUAUGGAUUGGUUUAAUUUCGUUUACCCAAAGGAAAAGAAACUUCCUUCUUUUGUA